CUGAACGCCACCGAUCAUCACUGGUCUUCAGCCUUUUGUGGCUUUCAGAAAAAGCGUGUUUGGCCUGGCGGGGGGUGUGUGCACAUGCACAUGCACACGCACAUGCACGUUCACAAUCACCUUAUAUAGAGCUGAAACAGAGCUCAUCCCCACAGUUCCUCUGCCAUCAUGGAUCUAAAGGUCGUCUUCCUGGUCGUCUCCCUGGUGACUUUGUCCAUCAUCUCCACUGACGCUUUAAUCCCAAAAUGCUGCAUCAAAACAAGAAAUAUUCCAUAUUCCAGGCUGCUGAAGGUUUAUCGAUGGGAGGUCCAGAGCAGCAGUGGACCAUGUGACAUUGAUGCUCUUGUAUUGUACAUAAAGGACCAGCGAAAACCAUCAUGUGUUCACCCAAUAUAUGAAAAGCGGCUGCAGAAGGUGAUGAUCUGGAGAGAAGAGCGCAAACAUAGGAAGUACUGAGCUGUGCAACAAAUACUUUACUUUGCUUGACCAUGAUGUUUCUUAUUUUUAAGAGUUUGGCUUUUACAAGCUCUUUCACUUGUCCUGUUGAUUAAAAUAUUCAGGUUAGUUCAACUCUAUGAGUGAUGGAAAUAAUAUAUAUUUUCUGGAUUUAGGUACUUAAGUAUAUAUAAAUAUAUAGUAGUAUAUGGAGUAUAUUUUGGAACUGCAGUGUAUUUACAUGUUAUAUUACUGAAUCCCUCACAUCUCUCUGAUUGCUUCCUAAGAUAGAAAUGUAAAAUUAUCUGAACACCAGGCUCUAUAAUCAUUAACAUGGUCGACAUGGAGCUGAUAAAACCAUCAGCUCUUAUUCAACGUUAAAUAUUUCUUGUAUAUUAACAGCCAGUACUGACCAUUUUUAGAUGAGCAUUGUGUAUAAAGAAGAAUGUUGUAAUUUUGAGAGUAGUGAGGUUAGUUAUGGCAGCAUAUGUCUGAAAAUUGUCAAAAUCUGUCAAUGUCUUUUUUCACAUCUGCCUUUUCUCCUGUUAAAACCUUCAAAUCAUAUUUCUUAAUACACUUUAUCUAUUUAGAGCAGAGAUCAGAUAAACAGAUGUUCUGUGCAUUUAUAGUGUAGAAUAUUACUGUCUCUGCUUGAAGAAAUGUGCUUUGAAACUGUUGCUUAUUUGUUCUGUGACAUGUGUCUGCAAAUCAGUAACAGUUUUUUAACUAUAACUGUAUAUUUAAAUCUUAUUAUGGUAGCUUAUCAGAUGCUAUUAUAUCCUAUUGUUUUAAAUUGUAGUUUAUAUUUUUGCAAUAAAUCAUAAUACAUCAUAA